AUGAGUUCAAAAUUCGCUCAAGUUGCUAAAACUGCUCAAUUAGCUUCCACUUUAACUCAAAGACAAAAUUUAGUUAAUGCUGGUUUAAAAUCUUCAUUUGCAAAUAAUAGAUUAAAUUCAACAAAAGCUGCAACAACAACAUUAACAGUUAGAGAUGCAAUUAAUUCCGCUUUAGCUGAAGAAUUAGAUCGUGAUGAACAAGUUUUCAUCAUGGGUGAAGAAGUUGCUCAAUAUAAUGGUGCUUAUAAAAUCACUAGAGGUUUAUUAGAUAGAUUUGGUGAAAAAAGAGUUGUUGAUACUCCAAUUACUGAAAUGGGGUUCACAGGUUUAGCUGUUGGUGCUGCUUUAGCAGGUUUAAAACCAGUUGUUGAAUUCAUGACUUUUAAUUUCGCUAUGCAAUCUAUUGAUCAAAUUAUUAAUUCUGCUGCUAAAACUUAUUAUAUGUCUGGUGGUAUUCAACAAUGUAAUAUUACAUUUAGAGGUCCAAAUGGUGCUGCUGCAGGUGUUGCUGCUCAACAUUCUCAAGAUUAUGCCGCUUGGUAUGGUUCUAUUCCAGGUUUAAAAGUUGUUUCCCCAUGGUCUGCUGAAGAUCAUAGAGGUUUAGUUAAAGCUGCUAUUAGAGAUCCAAAUCCAACAGUUAUUUUAGAAAAUGAAAUUAUAUAUGGUGAUUCAUUUGAAGUUAGUGAAGAAGUUAUGUCACCAGAUUUUGUUUUACCAAUUGGUAAAGCUAAAAUUGAAAGAGAAGGUACUGAUAUUUCAAUUGUUACUCAUUCAAGAAAUGUUGGUUAUGCUUUAGAUACUGCUAAAGUUUUAGAAGAACAAUAUGGUGUUCAAGCUGAAGUUAUUAACUUAAGAUCUAUUAAACCAUUAGAUGUUCCAACCAUUGUUGAAUCUGUCAAGAAAACUAACCAUUUAAUCACUGUUGAAGCUGCCUUCCCAGCUUUUGGUGUUGGUUCAGAAAUUGUUGCUCAAGUUGUUGAAAGUGAAGCUUUUGAUUAUUUAGAUGCCCCAGCUGAAAGAGUUACUGGUGCUGAAGUUCCAACUCCUUAUGCUAAAGAAUUAGAAGAUUUUGCUUUCCCAGAUCCAGAAACUAUCUUAAGAGCUGCUAGAAAAGUUUUAUCAUUAUAA